UAAGAGACGAAGCAAAUUCAAAGGAAACUUUUUAAAAUUCAUUUAUAAACACAUGUAUCCUUACAUUUUCAGCAAUGCACUUGGAAGCAUUUUAGAGCCGCCAUUGACUGACCUCACUGCUGCUCACAUUUCCCCCCUAUCAGAGAAUAUUGCUUUCCGUUACCUGGUGAAAGUUGAAGUUGGCAUCAAGCAUAACACUAGGCCAAAAUUCCAACAUAUUGCUGCCUUUGUAUUAGACGUAUUAAUCUAAUAAUGGCUGUCUCUCUGUCUCAUGUUUCAUACUCAUCCACCUUCACCUCUUCAGCAUCAAAAACCAGAGUCUCCGGACCUUCUCUCUCCCCUCAUUCCAUCAAAGUUCCCACCUUCUCGUCUUUGACUGUCAAACCCCUAAAUUCUAGCUUCACCCCACAUGGCGCACAUGCGAUCACCAUUGCGCCACAUGCCACCUCCACCCCCUCUUCCAUUCCUUCUGACACCUCAACUACAACCUUUCAUGGCCUUUGUUACGUUGUUGGUGAUAAUAUUGACACAGACCAAAUAAUUCCCGCUGAAUACCUUACGUUGGUUCCUUCAAACCCAGAUGAGUAUGAGAAAUUGGGCUCAUAUGCUCUUAUUGGCCUCCCUUCAUCAUAUGCUACACGUUUUAUUGAACCAAAUGAGACUAAGACCAAAUACUCCAUCGUGAUAGGUGGUGCUAACUUUGGCUGUGGGUCCUCGCGUGAGCAUGCACCUGUUGCACUUGGAGCUGCAGGGGCAAAGGCAGUUGUGGCUGAAUCGUAUGCAAGAAUAUUUUUCAGGAAUUCUGUAGCAACUGGGGAAGUUUAUCCACUAGAAUCAGAAGUGAGAAUAUGUGAGGAGUGUAGGACUGGGGAUGUGGUGACAAUUGAGUUGGGUGAGAGCCGUUUGAUCAAUCAUACCACCGGAAAAGAGUAUAAACUAAAGCCCAUUGGAGAUGCUGGGCCAGUCAUUGAGGCUGGAGGGAUCUUUGCAUAUGCAAGGAAAACAGGGAUGAUUCCAUCUCAGUCAAAGUAAAAUACAGGGGCGUUAUAGGAGGAGCACUUGGUUCUCGUAAAUGUCUCUCUAGUUUGUAAGCUCCUAAUAGUUUAGGCACAUCGGAUCAAUGCUCACCUUUUUUUUUCCCUUGUAUUGUUCUAUUUCUGUUGAAAAAUAUUAGCCGGUCUUUUUCAUACAAUUAUAUUUAUCUUAUUUACCUUUUUUGAGGGUUACCCUAGUUUUUAUCUGGCAAAAUAUAUAAAUGUCGUUGCUCUUUGUUACUAUAAACUGUUGUUGAAGUUCUACAUGAAGGCACUUUUGGCUUGUAGGAAGUAAUGUAAUGGUUGAUAUUGAAUAAUACAGCAUCAUAUUACCUGCUGUUUUUAAA